AUGGGGGUUCGGGCAGCGGAGUGCUUCGUCGUGUGCGGCCUCCCCGCGUCGCCCGUCACCGUCGACGGCGUCGCCGGGUUCGUCGGCGCGGGGGAAUCGUACCGCCCGGAGGUGCUCUCGUCGUAUCCCCCGCGCGCGCGUCCGCCGCGCGGGGCGGGCACCAAUCGCGGCGAGACGGACGAACCUUCGACGACGGGCGACGACCAGGGGUCGCGUCCUCCGUGGCCGCCGCAUCUCGCGCUCUGCGCGAUGCCGCUCGGCGUGGACGUUCACGUCGCGUCCGACCCUCCCCGCGACGCCCUCGCCCCGACGUCCUACCCAAUCGUGCUCACCGACGGCGACGGCGCGCCCGUGUACUGCGCGUGCCUCGCUUUUUUAGCGCCGGUGCCGUCGCGGACGCGCGCGGCUGUGCCGGCGCUGCGCAGCGCGUGCGCGCGGAUGUGCGUCGUGCUCGUAUCGCGCGCCCCGAUCAUCGACGUCCUGCGACACGCCCUCAACGCCGUCGUGGGGCGGUGCGCGUUCGGUACGCAGCCCUGGUCCGACGCCCCGCCCGUCGGAGCCAUCGGCGCAGCGCUGGUCGACGGCCUCAACGUCGCGUCGUCGUUUUACUUGGGAACAAACGCUCGUCGCCUGAUUGAUCGACCGAUCGAUUCGCGGGGGGCGCGUCUAGGGUCGGCACCCACUCGGCACCGCGAUGGGCACCCGCGUGGCGUGCGCCCGCGUGGCGUGCGCCCCGCGCCCACGACGCUAUUCUCCGUGUGCGGCGAGACGUUCGCGCUGCCGCCGGUGGACGACGACGACGCGUGGAUCGACUGGCGCCGCGAUCCACACGUAAACACCGACACGGAACGACGCUCGGAACUCGACGACUCGGAUUAUCACGACGAUUCGUACGACGACGACUCGGACGACUCGGACUCGGACCGAUUGCACGAGACGUCGCCGACCGAUUCUUCGUAUCCCCGAGGUGCCACUCCGAACGACGCGAGAGUGCCCUCCUCUGUCACGAAUGCCAACGCGAACGUCCACCCGACGAGCGCGUUUCUCGCGUGGCGAAGAGACAACGGCUUCCCCUCGUUCGACGACGCCGCGUGUUCGUUCGAACCGUUGCUCCGGUGCCUCGACGAGCGCAACGCGGCGGUGUGCGCUGUGGCGCUCGAACGGAGGGUGCUCCUGAGGGCGUCGUCCAACUCGUUGCUCGUCGCGGUGAGCGGUGGGAUUCUACGGGCGCUUCGGCCGCUGAGGUACCGCGGGGUGUUCGUGCCGUGUCUGCCGAGCUCGCUGGCGGAUUACGCGGACGCGCCGACGCCGUACCUUAUGGGGUUUAGGUCGGUUCGGGGUACCUCAGCGGGUUCGAGCGUUAUUAACGGUUCGAGUAACAACGUUUUGGACGACGCGCUCGCCGCGGAGAGGCUCGACGGCGUGGUGGUGGUGGACCUGGACGCCAACGUCGUGACGGAUCUCGCGAAUAGAUUUCGCGGCGAAGGAGGCGACGAGGGAGUAACGCUCGGGUCCCGGAGCUCCCGCGCGAAAUCGAAGUCCCAUUCGGCGCAUAGCCGGUCCAGAAGCCGCGGCAAGUCUCGCGAGCGUCGAACGAAUAACGACUCGGAUGACCGUUCGGCGGAAAACGUCAGUCCCGGCGAAUCUUCGUGGCCCGGCGAGUCGGGCGACGAGCUUGCGCGAAGGCUCCGGCGGCUGAGGUCGCCGGAUCUGUGCGAGAUGGACGCGAGCAGCGCCGAGUACGUCGGCGGGGGUGCCCAGUACGUCGGCGGGGGUGCCCAGUACGAUGUCGGGGACGCCCAGUACGAUGUCGGGGGUGCCCAGUACGAUGUCGGGGGUGCCCAGUACGUCGGUGACGUGGGGGAGCGCGAGUUUCGCGCCGCGCUCGCCGCCGCGAACGGGUCCCUGAGCGAUUACCGCGCCGCAUCCGCCGGCGCACUCGACUCGGGUUUCUCCCCGGGGGGGCUUCGUAACCCGGGGGGACCUCAACGUCGCCGCCGCCGCCACCGCAAACGCGGUGACUGGUCGACGGCGCACGACGCGUGCGCGCAGCUGUGUUUCGCCGCCCUGUGGCGAGACGUCGUCCGCGGGUACCGGUCGUACCUCCUCGACGUCGGACAGAUGUCGGACACGGACGGAGGAGGCGCGUGCUUCGACGUCGACGGCUUCCUCGCCGAAAAGUAUCCCGACGGGACCGGUGUCGACGGGGGUAACGCUCCAAAAAACGGUUCGGCGGGACCUCGUUUGGAUCCGAACCGUCCCCGCGUCCCGCGCGCGUUCGCCGCCGCGUUCGUCUCCACGGCCUCGUUCGCCAGGCACUGCGAGGUGCAGAUCGCGGACGCGGUUUCGGCGGCGGAGCGCGAUCGGCGGCGUUUCGGGGCGGUGUCGGGUUCGAACCCUCGCGGGGACUCUUUUUCCGGUACUCUUCCGGACGUCGCAUCCCGCGAAGGGGCGAAACAGAGCGGACAGAACGCGCCACGUGGCGCGAAACUCGUCGAUCCCAUGCUCGCGGAGGAUCACGACGACCGGUCGUCGGGCGGUUCGCACGACGGGAGCGGCGUCGAGGGGAACACUAGGGCGGUGACUGGUCGGCUGGUCACCGGGAAAAUCGUGCGCCGCCCGCGGGUUUUCGACCCGUCGUCGUUCGAGGGCGCGUACGAUAGGAGCUCGUACGUUGGCACGUCGGGUCGCGGGUUCGAUUCCGCGCGGGGCCGAACGCGCGUCGCCACCCGCGGGGUCACGUUUCGAAGCGUCCAGCUGAGCCGCGGCGGGUGGGACGACGACGAGCUCCUCGACGAGGACGGGGUUCCAUCCGGCGGCGACCUCCCCGUUCACGUCGGGAACGGUACCGACCGACUCGCGAACGACGACGACGACGUUCCCUCCUCAUUCGGCGGGUUCACCGCGGUGGGUCACGGCGCGGGGUCGCCGUCGCCGCACGCGUUGACCCUUCGGCGCUCCGUGAAUCACGCCUCCGUCGAGUCGUCGUCGCAUCGGCAAACGCAACCGCCCAACCCGCCUCGAGCCGGGUUACCCGCGAUGGAGCCCGUGUGCGUGACCUCGAACGGGGAUUCCCGAGCGGGGGAGCGCGAUCCGUGGCGUUCCGCGGUCCCGGGUUCGAUCCCGGGCGGAGGAGGCGAGACGAGGGAUUCGCGAGAUGAGGGGCCCCCGGGCGGCGAAUCGGACUUGAACGUUUCAUCCUCCGGGCUCUCGUUUCUCGGGUUUGGGGACGGCGCGAAUAACGGGACGAACGGGACGCGCGUUCCGGUGCAGAGGGCGUCCAGCGUGACGCACGGUCUGAGCACGAUUCGCCCGGGGGGCCCGGCGGGGGUCCGCGGAAACCCUUCCGGGGGGCAAUCCGGAACAUCCACCGAAUCGUCGGACCGGGCUGGUACCGCCGGGCACAGGCCGCGGCACGGACGGUCCGCGUCGAGCACGUCGUUCUUCGCGCCCGCCCCGUCGUCGCCGCCCCGGGACCGACGCGCGGGUUUGAUUCCCGGGUCGUCCAACUCGGAAUCCGACGGCGAGGGUUCGACUGCUCCGGGCAAGACCAACUCGGGCAAGAACCUUAGCUUAUCGUACCUCGCGAGCUCGAUGUCGCCGCCGCGAAUGUUCGGGUCGCCGUCCAAGCAGCGGAGCUUCCGCGAACGAAGGCGACAGAGCGAAGACAUGACGACGCGCCACCCACCCAACGCGACGCCCGCGGACCCGAACUCGAACGCGGAUGGCCGCAAAGGACAAGUCAAGGACAAGUCGAGCGAAAAGAUGAAAUCGAGCUACGGCGCCAGCAUCUUCGGGCUAACCUUUCGAAGCAGACGCAAGUCCGAGGCGGCGAGGUUCAAGGCGCAGAGGGGCGAGAGCGACCACGGGGCGAAUAACUUCGGCCCGACCGCCGCCGGCGCCGCCGCCGCCCGCGCGGCCGGGUCCGGCGGGGAUCUGUCGCAGUGGAUCGCGAUGAUGUCCUCCGAGACCCCGGCGCCGUCGGCUCAAAACUCGCGGAAAGAUCUCGACGUGACGGCCGGCGAAACGGCCGGAGAAACGGCCAGCGAAACGGCCGCCGCCAUUCGAACGUCCCCCGCCGACGCCCUCGACGUCCCCGGCGGCGACGGAAACGUCGAGCUCGCCGAGAACGUCGCCGACUUGGCCGAGAAAAAAACGCACGAAAAAACGGUUCAUCAAAAACCGACGUCGUCCGAGCUCGCGCCGGCGCCCGAGACCGCCGAGAAACGGUCAGAAACGGUCAGAAACGGUCACACCGAGACAGCCUCCUCCUUCGUCGCCGCGAAGACGCGCGAGCUGUGGUCGUUGGCGUCCGCGGGAGCCGACAUUCGCGCGCGCGCCGCCGCCGCCGCCGCCGCCGUUCGCGCGCUUCGACCCGUUUGUUCAACGCGUUCAACAAAUAUGUUCGACGUUCGACGUUCGACGUUGUCCGCCGCCGCCGCCGAGCUCGUCGCCGUGGACCUCGACGGCGUCCUCGCGGCGAUGGAGGGCGCGCACGGCGACGACGGAACUCUUCUCGGUCUUUCCGGAACUCUCGGUCCCGGCGACUCACUCGCCGGCGUCCACCAACUCGACCACUCGCCCGUGCCCGGGUUGCUCAGCUACUACUCCGGCCAGUCCCUCCGGCUCAUCGAGGAGACGUCGGGGGAAGGGGCGUCUCUGUCGCCGUCCGAACCUCCCGGGUUCGAUUCCAGGUCGGGCCAAAACCAUGGAUUGCAAUCGACUUUUAUCGACGAGACGGACGGGGCUGAGAACGAGGCUGAGCGUUCGAUGCGCGCGGCGGACGACGAGGCUAAGCGAAGCGCCCGCGCGGCGGCGAGAAGGAGAUCAGAAAAAGCUCGGCUGGACGCGGCGCUGGAAUUAACUCGAUGGCCCGGCUAUCGCGCCGCGCUGGACGCCGUGGCGGUCGCGGCGAUCGCGAGCGGCGACGUCGCGAAGGUUGCGGCUGUGCUCCGCGUCGUGAGGGGUAACGACGGACGCGUGGCUCUGCCGGGCGGCGCGCGGGUCUGGUCGGAUCCGAACGUGUGGAUCGGCCUUUACGAUUUUUACGAAUCGUGCGCCGAGUUUGGGAACGAGUUCGAAGACGAUUCAUACGACGAUUCGUACGACGACGACGUCGGGGGGCCGAGUCUCGCCAACCCCCCGGGAAUCGAACCCGCGACCGGACGAGCGCUCCGAGCGGCGAAUGACCGCUCGUGCACGCCGGCGGCUUUGGCGGGUCGCAUGGCGAGCGUGGGGCUCCCGCCGCACGCCGUCGCCGCGCUCCUCGCGUCGGCGUGUGCCAAACGGUCAAAGAAACGGUCAAAGAAACGGUCGACAAAAGGGGGAACGAACGAGUCGAGACGGACGCCGCUCGAAAAAGGCGCCGACGACGUGGGUAAAGGUCGCGUGGGUAAAAGCGGCGCGACAAAAACGCUCGGAAAAACGCUCGAAGACGCGGACGCCGCGGCUGGUCUUCCGCGAAGGGUCGCGCCGAUCCCGGCGUCCAGCGCGGAUCGCGUCGGUCGCUCCGUCGGCCGCGUGUGGGAAGUUUCGUCGAGUUUGCCCACCCGGGGGAUCGAACCGUUGACCUCAAGUACACCGAGCGACGCCCCCACCGACGCCAUUAACCCUCGCGGCAAGACGGGCGCGGGGAUCGGGGUGUCGCACGACGCGUGGAUCGAACGGAUGCGUCGCGCGUCGAGAUGGGUCGGCACCCGUGGGGAGUCGGCACCCCAUCAGUCGGCACCCCAUCAGUCGGCACCCCAUCCCCGGGGAUCCCAAUCGCACCCGGGGGGACGCGGGUCCGACGCCGAGAACGAGGCGCCGUGGUGGGCCCGCGCGGAGGCGACGGCGGGGCUCGGCGGCGCGUCCCCGUUUUCCGACGUUUUUUCGAUGUCAGAGUUUAACGGCGCCUCGAAGAAGAAGCGGACUUUCACGGUGAGGUUAAACUCCCGCGUCGUAACGGUCGAAAACGGUCGAAUCGAAGAAGAUGAGGACGAAGGUGACGGUGAUACGCCCAGACGGGACGGCGCGAUACUCGUCGACGAGGGUUUGGAAGAGUACCUCUCCGGCUUGGACCUCGAUGGUGAGGAGGACUUCGAGUUUCACGAUCCGAGGGACGAAGACGAGUUUCUUCGAUUCGACCGUUUUCGACCGUUACGACGCCGCGGGGACUGGUGCGACCUGCCCGCCGACGUGCUCGCGGCGUCGCCGUGGUCCGAUCGUCGCGAACGGUCGGCCCGGACGAGCGGCGGCUCCGAUUUCGUCCAGCCGUCGAACUCGAUCUCGCGAAGAAAUUCCAUCCGCCUCGACGGUCCCGACUCCCGUUGGGGAGCCGACACGUCGUCGCACCACGCCAUCACCGCCGUCGCCGUCGGCGCCGGUGGGAUCGCCGCGGUGGGCUCGUGCCACGGCGCGUUCGCCGCGUGGAACCCUCGCACGGGCGUGGUGGUCCGCGCCAGGCCCGGCGGAUGGGGCGAAGCCGUCUCGGUCGCGGGCGCGAUUGGAACCAAUCGGCACUACAACCCGACGGUGGGUCUCACCGCGUUGGGGUUCACGGCUGGAAGCAGUUCGGGGUUGGGCGGCGGCGACGGUGGGAAUCGAUCCGGCGACCUCGCGGUGGGCGGGACGAGGGGCGGCGGCGUCGCCGCGUGGGACGUGCGAACGGGCGCGUGCGUCUGCGCGUCGCCGGGGUCGCACGCGGGCGCCGUCACCAUCGUCCAAUCCGCCACGUCAGCUUCCACGUCAGCUUCCACGUCAUCGUCCACGUCACAAGUCUCCUCCACCGACGUUGGAUCUGGCGGGGAACUUUCAAACGGGUCAAACGCCGAUAAUAAUUCGUCGUUCGGCGCCGUCUUCGGUCACCCCGCGUUGGCGCUGACGGCUUCAAACGCACCCGCCGACGGCCGCGUUCGCUUGUGGGACGUGAGGGCGGGCCCCAGGGAAACCGCGGCUGCGCUCGGGGGCCACCGCGGCGGCGUCCACGCCGUCUCUUGCGAAUCGCCAAAGUUCGUGUUCACGGGUGACGGCGACGGCGUCGUCAGGGCGUGGGACUGGCGACGCGCGGGGGGCGGUCCAAUCGCUUCUGCCAACGCGCACGACGGUGAGUUUAUUUUCAUUUUCGUAUGGACAAUUCGACUGACGCGGUUUUUUUUAACAGGCGUCGUCACCGCGGUGACGCCGCUGCGUUUCGAUCGAGCCGACGUCGCGGCGAGCGCUGGGGUGGACGGCGUGGUCAGGGUGCUGUCGCUGGACGGGGGUAAGGGCGGCGGGGUGGCGCUGGUGGGUCACCUCGCGCCGGUGACGGGUCUGGUGAGGUUGGGAGGGUUCGUCGGCGAGGGCGGAUCGGAUUUACCGGAUCCGUCGUCCAAGGCGACCAGUCACCGACCAGUCGCCGGGCACGGGCGCAGGCUGAGCAGCAUCGCGGACCUGACCCGGGGACCCGGCGGCCAUCCCGGGGACGUCGCCUUCGACCGGCGGCUCGGGUCCUCCCUCGGCGGCUCGGGCGGGAUGACCGACUCGUAUUAUUCAGGAAACGUAUCUGGACAGUUUGCGGGAUUGGCUUCGGCUUCGGCGGAUGGCGCCGUUCGACUGUGGUGCCCCGACGGCGGUGGCGGCGCCGGGUGGCGGUGCGCGGCGGUGGCGCACGCGCACGCCUCGCGCGUCGUCGCGAUGGCGAGGUGUACAUCCGGAACGAAUUCUGGAAGUUCUGGAAGUUCUUCCGGAGGAGGAGUUUCUUCUUCCGGGCGUUUAUUUCGAGGCACAAAUUUGCUCACCGCGGGGGACGACGCGAGCUUCGCGCGGUGGCCGGACGCGGAGCCGUUCCUGCGGCGCGCGCGGAACAGCCGUUCGGGUGUUCGACCGGUGCAGUCGUCCGUGAGGUACCGACGCGUCGGGGGAUCGAACCCGCGCGGCGGCGGCGCGGCGUGGACGCCGGAGAGGAUGCACCACAGGUGUUACGUUCAGUCGCCGCGGGUAGUUUGCGCCAUCGACGCUUCGGGGUCGGGUGCGUUGGUGGUUGGGACGAGGGACGGCGUGGUGACGUGCGCGUCUCUGGAGUGA